AUGGGCGAAAACCUCAGAUAUUUUUCUGGACUGGAUCUCUCAAAAAAUGAGCUGAGCGGUGAGAUCCCAGUAGAGCUUUGGCAUCUUCUGCAGUUACAUGCUCUCAAUCUAUCUCACAACAACUUAUCAGGAGUGAUACCGGAAAGCUUUUCAGGUCUGAAGAAUGUGGAAAGCCUCGAUCUUUCUUUCAACAGAUUACAAGGUCGGAUCCCAACACAACUUACAGAGUUGAACAGUCUUGCUGUAUUCAAUGUCUCUUUCAACAACUUGUCAGGAGUCAUUCCAGAGGGAAGACAGUUUAACACUUUUGAUACGCAAAGCUACUUCGGUAAUCCUUUUCUUUGUGGACAACCAACCAACACAAGCUGCAAUAACAACAACAACAACAACAACUUUCAAGAACUAGGUAAUGAAGUGGAAGUUGAUGAAUCUUUAAUCGACAUGGUGUCUUUUUAUUGGAGUUUUGUUGCAGCCUAUGUGACAAUAGUUCUUGGGAUACUUGCAUCACUCUCUUUUGAUUCUCCUUGGAGCAGGGCUUGGUUCUACAUCGUUGAUUGUUUCAUCCACAAAGUGAGGGAUUUGGUUUGGUAA